AUGAGCCGCGCUUCGUCCCCGCCACCGCCACCGCCACCUACUACGCACCUCGUCUUCUGUGCCACCCUUUCACCUUUGUUUUGCCUCCGACUCCCCUUCGCGCCUACCCUACCUCCUGCUGCCCACCCCCACCCCGCUCCUUUAAACGCCGUACCCUCCGUCCCUCCGUUUUUGCCUUCUAUCCUUCCUCCCACUUCCCCUCAUUGUCAUCUUCCUACUCAACCUCUUUUUCUUUCCUGUUCUCAUUUCGAUACCCUCUUCCUGGGCCCGUCGAAUAUCCAUGUUUUGUCGUUCACUUGGGAUUCUCUUUUCUUUUUCUUUGCUUCUCGUUCCCUCUCUCUAUCUUUCCCUGACGCAGCUGACGUAUUUUUCAUGGAAGAUUUAUAUUUAUUUCAAUCUAUCUAUCUAUCUAUCUAUCUAUCUAUCUAUCUAUCUAUCUAUCUAUCUAUCUAUCUAUCGCAGUCUGUUCAUAUCUAUCUAUCUAUCUAUCUAUCUAUCUAUCUAUCUAUCUAUCUAUCUAUCUAUCUUAGCCUGUUCCUAUCUAUCCAUCCAUCUAUCUAUCUAUAUGUUUUGGUCAGAUCCAGUUAUUUUGUCAUUCAUCUAUCUAUCUAUCUAUCUAUCUAUGUAUCUAUCUAUCUAUCUAUCUAUCAGUCUGUCAGUCUGCCUAUCUAUCUAUCUAUCUAUCUAUCUAUCUAUCUAUCAGUCUGUCAGUCUGCCUAUCUAUCUAUCUAUCUAUCUAUCUAUCUAUCUAUCUAUCUGUCAGUCUGCCUAUCUAUCUAUCUAUCUAUCUAUCUAUCUAUCUAUCUAUCUAUCUAUCUAUCUAUCUGCCUGUUUUUCUUUUAA